AUGGUGAUAUCGAGCGAAGGGGAGAAGAAGAAGAAGAAGAAGACGCAGGGGAAAAUGAAAAUCGAAAUCAAGAAGAUCGAGAGCUUGAGCAGCCGCCGAGUCGCCUUCUCGAAGCGGCGCAUGGGGCUGUUCAAGAAAGCGAGCGAGCUCUGCGUUCGGUGCGACACCGAGAUCGCCAUCAUCGUCCAAUCCCUCGGCAAGCACAUCCACUCCUUCGGCCACAACUCCACCGACGCCGUCAUCGACCGCUACCUCGGCGGCGGCGAUGCCCCUGCGGUCGACAGUAACACCAAGGAAUUGUACGAGCACUGCUACUCUCACGUGGUAAAGGAGUUGGAAUUGGAGAAGAAGCGGAGGGACGUGGCCGAGGAGGCGAAGAAGACUGAGGGGGGUGUGUUUUGGUGGAAUCAGGGUGAGGAGGAGAUGGAAUUGGAUGAAAUGGAGCAGUUCGCGAUGGCGCUGGAUGAGCUGUCGAAGAAGGCCGAUCUUAGGGCUAAUGAUCUCAUGAGUUCGUGCUUGCAGCAGCAGCUGGCGGUCGCCUCCACCUCAGCCUCCGCGCCGAAUCAGAUGGGGAAUAAUUUGGAUCCUAAUUAA